AUGUCAUCUCAUCCAGAACAAGUCCUCAAACCCCCUGACUCAGGCCUCGAACCUCCUCCUGACGGGAGCCUCAAACCUCCUCCUGACCGGAGCGUCAAACCUCCUCCUGACCGGAGCCUCAAAUCUCCUCCUGACCGGAGCCUCGAACCUCCUCCAUGCGCGAGUCUCAAACCCUCUCCUGACUCGGACCCCAAACCCGUUCCUGACACGGACACCGGCCCGGCCCCACAUGAGCUUCGCACCGUCAUGGCCCGUAGCCCCAAGUGCGCACGGUGCAGGAACCACGGGGUCGUGUCGUGCCUGAAGGGCCACAAGCGCCUCUGCCGCUGGAGGGACUGCCGCUGCGACUGCUGCCUGCUGGUGGUGGAGAGGCAGAGGGUCAUGGCCGCUCAGGUCGCGCUCAGGCGGCAGCAAGCGGCAGAUGUGGCCAAGGCGCACGGGCAGGGUGCACGUGUGGUCCGGUGUGCCGCUCCAGUGAGGAGGACGGCCUAUCAGCGCUACAGCAGCACGGUGGAGCCGGCCUGCAGCCUGUCGAAGAGCCUCCUGCAGGUGGAGUGUUCCGGAUCAUCACCACUGUCCUUUCAGUCGGACCCUCCUACAUUCUCCUCCUUCAGCCUCUCGGGGAAAACUGGCAUGUGCUGGGAUGAAGUUUAUAUUCCCUGUGGCAUUUCACUCAUCACACAGACAGCAGAUGACAAGAAUCCUCUGGUGACAGGCCUCAAACCCACUUCCCCCGUGAGCGACAGUUCCCCCUACUGGUCCAAACACGCACCUCUGUCCUUCCCCUGUCCCUCCAUCAGCGCUCGAAUGAGGAAGAGGAGAACCUUCGCCGACAAAGAGCUGGACAAGGCCAUGCUGCAGCGCGAACUAGAACAAAACAAUCUCCACGGCAACCAGGACUGCCCGUCUCCAUCGCUUCUUCCUCCUCCUCCUCCUCCUCCGAGGCCCAUCCCGACGUUUGUGCCCGUGUUCAAAUGCAAGCCCCUGUUCGAGUGUGAUUUUCACGUGUAUCAUUUGCUUAGAGGCCCUGCUCAGAUCCUGACAAACACUAUGGCCUGCUAG